AAAUAAUUAAAGCAGUACAGAGGGCUUAAUAUUUAACAGGCUAGCAUUUGGUUUCUAAGGUAACAGUUUCAAACAGAAAAGAGUAACUAGCAUUGUUUCAAAAUAAGGUGAGUUGCAGUGUCAGAGUACGACAACUCCUGAACAGUCACUGUGUGGAGCAGAAAAAAAUGCCCAGUAAAGCACAAGAGGAUGCUGUGAUCAAUCUGAAGUCGGUCCAAGAGCUUUCACGUCAGCUGGGGUUUGAAUGGCCGGUUCUAGCUUACGAGCUUGGCUUCAGUAGGACGGAAGUACGCAAGUUUCACACCACCUCCACGGAGAAGAAAGCUCAGGCCAGGAGCAUGCUGGAGUGCUGGUAUGAGAGGUCCUGGGACAUGUCCAAUAAGACCAGGUUGCUGCAGGAUGGGCUGGAGCGUGCCGGCAGGAGGGACCUGGCAGAGAGGCUGAGGUGCCUCCACUGGGGGCACCAGAAACUCAGCCGCAGGGUGGAGCUCCCCUCAGCCUUCCCUUUCCUCAUCACCGUCCACAAGACCCUAUGCUACCAGAACCGCCUGUGUCGACUCAAUGAGCUGAACCACAGGCACACUUGAGAGACGGGUGGAGGGGGUAGCUAUUUUUGCUACUGUCCCAAAGUUUGUUGGUCUCCAUGAAGCAUAAAAAAAAGUCAAAUACAAAAAAAAUCUGAACGUCCUGGCUUAAUUUGUCUCAAAAGGAGUUCUUAAAAUAACAAACUGCUGUGGAUGGUGCACUUUCAAAUUCAUUUUUUAUAACUUUGGGGCCAGAAUAUAGUCUUCCCUUUAAAUCUAUCAUGGUGCAGUUAUGUCAAUUAUGCUUUUUUGUCAGUUCACUUUGGACAUUUGUGUCUCACACACUUAUCUCUGGUUAAAUUAUUCGAUCAAUAUUUGAGGAACCGUAUAGGCUAUUAUGUCCUUGUUGAUGGUAUUUCAUUGAAUCAAAUAUAAUCCGCUAUUAUUAUCAUCAUGUUGUAAUAUGCCAAUUUGAUUGUCAUUUACUGUCAGAGAAGUGAAGCCUAUACAUUUAAAAAAACAAAAAAGGAAUUGGUUAGAGCUGGAGGAUAAACGGGGUGCAGCACUGAAGUGACCACUAACUGACCAUCAGUUGGUCCUGAAAAUGGAGGCUGUUAUGGAGAAGGAAUGCAGUGC